CCUUCCCUCUCGCCUCCAUUCUGCUCUCCGUAGAGAGACUGCGACGGCUUCGUCUUUCUUGUUUUCUUCCUCCCACGUUUCGACUCUCUGAUUCACACAAUGGCUGCUGCUGUCGCUGCUCCCGCCGCCGAGGCCGCUCCUGCGCCGAGCGUUCGCCCGACUCGCCCCGAUGAGAAGGUCUUUAAGGAGGAGCUCGCCAAGGCCGAGAAGGAGCACAAGGCUUCCAUGGACAAGUUUAACGCCAUCAAGGCCAAGAUCGAUGUUGCCCUCCCCAACAAGAACAAGGACCAGCCCAGCCCGACCCAGAAGCGCCGCCAGGAACUCAUUGCCCAGGCCAACGAGAUCCGCCAGAAGCAAGCCGGUGGAAAGAAUGCUCGCACCUCCAAGCUGGACCAGAUCAAGCGCCUCGACGAGCAGCUCCGCAACCGCAUUGCUGAGCAGAAGACCGCCAAGGCCAAGGUUCCCUUCAAGAGCGUCGAGGAUGUCGACCGCCAGAUUGAGAGCCUCGAGAAGCAGGUCAACUCCGGCACCAUGAAGCUCGUCGAUGAGAAGAAGGCCCUGACCGACGUCUCCAACCUGCGCAAGAUCCGCAAGAACUUUGGCCAGUUUGACGAGUCUCAGAAGCAGAUUGACGACCUCAAGGCCAAGAUCAAGGAGAUCAAGGACACCAUGGAGGACCCCGAGCAGAAGGCCAUGUCUGAGCAGUACAACAAGAUCCAGGCUGAGCUCGACACCAUCAAGGCCGAGCAGGAUGAGGCUUAUAAGAACCUGUCUUCCCUGCGUGACGAGCCGCGAGGCUCGUGAGAAGCAGCGAGAGCGCCAGCGCGCCGAGCGUGAGCGCUACCUCAAUGAGCGCAAGAAGGCCGAGGCCGAGCGUGUCCUCGCCGAGGCCAGCGAGCCCGCCUACCUGGACGAGAUCCGCCGCGCCAACAGCCUGCUCCAGUUCCUCGACCCCACCUUCAAGGCCGAGAAGACCCCUCUGUUGGCCAACUCUGGCCUGACCGCCCAGGCC